AUGUCUGACGGUUGUCCCUGUACAAGUGUUGUUUACCAUGAACCCACCCCAAUGUGGUAUCACAGUUACGGUCUGGACUAUGCGGGCAACCUGCGCCGCUCUAGCCAGUUGGCCACCACCAGGGAAACUGUCCUCACAAACUUGAUCCCUGAGGCCCCGCAACUUUGGGAGCUCCAAGAGCAGGUGGAGCCACAAGUCACCGUUGGAAGAUGUGUCAUGGACGUCAGCGAUCCCACCCACCAUUCCUGGCCUUACCAGACGGUCACCUCCAGCCAGGCGAUUGGCUGGUUUGCUGACCCCAAGAGGUUACCAAAAUGUCGGCUGCGGGAAUGGCCAAAGCAUCUCAGAUUUGUUUAG